AGUACGUUAGCGCCAGACGUCUUAGCGUGAGCCUCUCCCGUGCUCGAUCGCCAAGCUUUGAUUCCGUUCCUCCUCGUCUCCCGUUCGCGAUCGAACUAUUGAGGUUUCCGGCAACGGUGCUGGAGCUGAUUCACCGGAGAAAUGGCGAAGAAGAGCGUGGGCGACCUCAAGGGGGACGACCUCAAGGGGAAGAGGGUGUUCGUGAGGGUGGAUCUCAACGUGCCCUUGGAUGAACACCAGAAGAUCACCGACGACACCCGCAUCCGCGCCGCCGUGCCGACGAUCAAGUACCUGAUCGAGCACGGCGCCAAAGUGAUCCUCUGCAGUCAUCUGGGCCGCCCUAAAGGUGUCACCCCCAAAUACAGUUUGAAGCCCCUUGUGCCUAGGGUUUCUGAACUUCUUGGUGUUGAUGUUGAGAUGGCUGAUGAUUGUAUUGGUGAAGAAGUAGAGACGAAGGUGGCUGCGUUACCAGAUGGAGGUGUUCUCCUUCUUGAGAAUGUGAGGUUCCACAAAGAGGAAGAGAAGAACGACCCAGAGUUUUGUAAGAAGCUAGCAUCACUUGCUGACCUCUAUGUCAAUGACGCCUUCGGAACAGCUCACCGUGCGCAUGCUUCGACAGAGGGGGUUACCAAAUUCUUGAAGCCAGCUGUUGCUGGCUUUCUGAUGCAGAAGGAGCUUGACUAUCUUGUUGGAGCUGUAGGAAACCCUACUAGGCCUUUUGCUGCCAUUGUUGGUGGAUCUAAGGUUUCAACCAAAAUUGGGGUGAUAGAGUCAUUGUUGGGGAAGGUAGACCUCCUCUUGCUCGGUGGAGGAAUGAUAUUCACUUUUUACAAGGCACAAGGAUACUCCGUAGGAUCGUCUCUCGUCGAGGAAGAUAAGCUUGAGCUUGCAAUUUCACUUUUGGAGAAAGCCAAGUCUAAGGGGGUUUCUUUGUUGCUACCCUCAGAUGUUGUAGUUGCUGACAAGUUUGCUGCUGAUGCCAAUAGCAUGGUUGUACCAGCUUCCAGCAUUGCUGAUGGCUGGAUGGGUCUUGAUAUUGGCCCUGAUUCUAUCAAGACAUUCAGUGAAUCCCUCGAUGCUGCUAAGACCAUCAUCUGGAAUGGACCCAUGGGAGUCUUUGAAUUUGAAAAAUUUGCUGCUGGAACCGAUGCAAUCGCAAAGAAGUUAGCCGACUUGAGUGCCAAUGGCGUGACAACCAUUAUAGGAGGUGGCGAUUCGGUGGCUGCAGUUGAGAAAGCAGGGCUCGCCGAUAAGAUGAGCCACAUCUCCACUGGAGGUGGUGCUAGCUUGGAGCUGCUGGAGGGCAAGCCUCUUCCUGGUGUUCUUGCACUCGACGACGCCUGAUUCAAAAUGUGUUGUAUCUAAAACUCUUUUAACUUAAUCUACGAGUUUGUUUUUCAAAGAGUUGCAUGCCAGAGUUGCGUGCUCCGUGUGUAUCGGAAAAUUUCACUUCAGUGUGGUAGGCUUAUCGAAUAAUAGGCUUCCUUGGAUCUCAAGGAUGAAUCAACUGCUAUGGUGUUGUAUCUAAAACCCAACUUUGAGUUUGUUUUUGGAAGAGUUGCAUGUUCUGUGUUUCAGAAAA